GGACCGCCGCGAGGCGGGCGGGAGCGGGUGGGUAGGGCUUGCCGACUCCGGCCGCCAUCCGGCCUGAGCCUGUCCUCCCUGGGACCGCCGCCUAUCCGGCCGGUACAGCCCCCUCCCAGGACCGGUCAAGGCGAAAAGAGCUGGCGUGGGCCGUGCUUAACUCCGCGUGUCCGGUGGGGACAUAGCUACCUGGUCCCCGCGGGGAGCUCCUUCCAGACGCCUCCUGUCAGGUCAGACGGGCUGGCCCGGGGGCCCAAGGUCCACCACCCUUGCCGUAGCGGCGGGCGUGAGCCUCUCCUCUCUCCCAGGCUGGAGGGGCAGGGGGCUCCGGGCGGGCUGGGGAGUGGAAAACAGUCCGUGAUCCGCGGAGGUGAGACGCACGCCCCAUUCUGGGGAGGAAAUCCGACGCCAGAGGUGGGCAGGAAGGCACUCAGCAGGGGGUCUUUCAGGGGCGGAAGGAGCGAAGUCCACCCGUCCCGCCCCAGUUCUCCACCCCAGGCUGAAGAUGCUUCCCCCCUCCCACCCAACUAGGUGCAAGUUCUUCAGCCUGACCGAGACCCCGGAGGAUUACACGCUCAUGGUGGACGAGGAGGGUUUUAAAGAGCUGCCCUCAUCCGAGUUCCUGCAAGUGGCGGAGGCCACGUGGCUGGUGCUGAAUGUGUCCUCUCACAGUGGGACUGCAGUGCAGGCCGCAGGGGUCACCAAGAUCGCCCGGUCGGUCAUCACGCCUCUGGCGGAGCACCACGUGUCGGUGCUGAUGCUGUCCACGUAUCAGACGGACUUCAUCCUGGUGCGGGAGCAGGACCUGUCGGUGGUCAUCCACACGCUGGCCCAGGAGUUCGACAUUUACCGCGAGGUGGGCGGGGAGCCGGUGCCAGUUGUCAGGGAUGAGUCCAGCAACGGCUUUCCCCGCGCCCAGCAUGGGCCCAGCCCCACGGUGCAUCCCAUCCAGAGCCCUCAGAACCGCUUCUGUGUCCUCACGGUGGACCCUGAGAGGCUGCCGGCCAUCGCUACCACCCUCAUUGAUGUCCUCUUCUACUCGCACAGCGCCCCCAAGGAGGCAGCCUCUGGCAGCUCUGAAUCCAGCUGCAUCCCGUUCUUUGCCUUCUCGCUCAUCGAGGGCUACAUCUCCAUCGUCAUGGACGCUGAGACGCAGAAAAAGUUCCCCAGUGACCUCCUGCUGACCAGCUCCUCGGGGGAGCUGUGGAGGAUGAUGAGUGUGGGAUCGUGGCCCAGAUCGCCGGCCCCCUGGCGGCCGCUGACAUCUCUGCCUACUACAUCAGCACCUUCAACUUCGACCACGCCCUGGUGCCUGAGGAUGGCAUCGGCAGUGUCAUCGAGGCUCUCCAGCGACGGCAGGAGGGCCUGGCCUCCUGAGGCCCUCACGGUCUCCCUUCGCCCCUGGGCUUCCGGAGACUUCUCUAAGCUAUUUCCUCAAGCUCUGGGAUGAGCCCCACUCUUGCUGGGUCCCCUCAUUCCCAUCUGUGUAUUAAGCUGCGCACAGGCACCGGCUCUCACACGGAUGGGUGCACCCUCAGGUGCUUCCCGGCCACGUGUCGGCCCACAUGGGGCACCGCGGUGCCGGGGUGCGAGCCCCCAGCCCGUCACUCCCUCGUGGCCUCGGCGUUUGCACAGUCCCUGCCUGAGGCCCAAGCCACCCCCUCCUUGGCCCCAGGGUGGCCGCCACCCCCUACCCAGGGCCAUGAUCUCCGUUCUGCUCCUGGCUGGGCAGCCUUCUCCAGCCAGGUGAGUCGACAGUGCCUCCCCCUCCUGGGGCCUCCAAGAAAAGUAUUUUUGCAUCUCUCUCUUUUUUUAUCAACUGUUUAAAUAAAGACUGACUUUAUAGUGA